UAUCAUUUUCAACUCUUCUCUCUCUCUCUCUCUUUGAAUCUCUUGUGAUGCAGUAAAACUCCAUUGAUACCAAGCUUCUUCACUUUUAGUUGAGUUCCAGAUGGGAUCUUUGCUUUCAUUUGAUCCAAUUCUAAAUUGAGUUUGUAUCCAGAAACGAAGCAAAGAAUGUUGCUUUCUCCGUCGGAGCAGCCGUAUGACCUCCCCCAAUCGCCAAUCCCAUUACUGCCACCGCCACAAAAUAUGCAGUCCUAUAGCUUCAAUUUGAACAACAAGGUCAGUCCCAGUAUACUGCUCAUCAUCAUCAUCCUAGCCAUCAUCUUCUUCGUUUCUGGUUUGCUUCAUCUUCUGGUUAGAUUUCUCAUGAGACCUCCCAGUAGAGAUCCAGAAGACACAGACAGUGUGACUGCUCUUCAAGGGCAGUUGCAGCAACUGUUCCAUCUCCAUGAUGCAGGCCUUGACCAAUCUUUCAUAGAUACUCUCCCUUUGUUUCACUACAAAGCCAUCAUUGGUGUGAAGAAUCCAUUCGAUUGUGCUGUUUGUUUAUGUGAAUUCGAGCAUGAAGACAAGAUCAGAUUGCUCCCAAAAUGCAGCCAUGCGUUCCACAUGGAGUGUAUUGAUACUUGGCUCUUGUCCCAUUCAACAUGCCCUUUGUGUAGAGCUACAUUAAUCCCAGAUUUCUCCCCUACAUGUUCCCCAAUUGUUAUUGUGCUUGAAUCUGGGAGUGAGAGCUCGAGAGAGAUUGUGAGAUCAAAUUCCCAUCUCGAGACUGAACUUGGGUCGUCUUUUUCCCAGCGUAAAUCAUGUGAAAUCGUGGGAAAUAGUGAAGUCAAUAACCAAACAGUAGAAAUGGAUUCUGGGGAAAAAGUGGUGCCUGUUAGGCUAGGGAAGUACAGGAACAUUGAUGGUGGUGAAGGUAGUAGUAAUGGCAACGUUGAUGAAAGAAGAUGUUUCUCAAUGGGAUCCUAUGAUUACGUAAUGGAUGAGAGCUCUUUAUUGCGAGUCCCCAUAAGAACUCCGAUGAAGAAACCAUCGAGCAAGAAGAAGACUUGUUUGCCAUUGACACCCGGUCACCGGCCGGCGAUUUCCGAAUGCGACUGUGAAUCGACGAGAUUUGUGCUCACGAGAAACUUUGAAGGUGAGAACAAUGGUAAGGCCAUCAAGAAGAAGGAAAGCUUCUCGAUAUCGAAGAUUUGGCUUCGGGGGAAGGACAAGCAGAACCUUACUCAUGGUUCAUCGAGGAGGGCUUUUUCAUUCCGUUUUCCGGUGCAUCAGAAUGCCGCCGUCUCCGAUGAUGACGAUAGUUUGAAGGUGAAAAGUGUUGCCGGUGGUGGGAAGGAUACUAUUUCCGAGAUAGAUUCCGGCCGGUGCGGAAAUAGCGUCAGUGAAUUCGGUGCCGACGAGGAAAACCAGAGCUGUUAUAGCUUAGAUUCACAAGCUAAAACACCAUCUUUUUCAAGGAGGACUUUGCUUUGCCUAGCUGGGAGACAAAACAAGGUUGUUCACUCAUCCUUUACACCAGGGACUUAAACUGCGGUUUUGAUCGCGUUUUCAGUUACGUUUAUCACUAUUGCAACAUUAACAGAUGCUAUUGCAAUCACUGCAAGUAUGGAGGUUGUAAAAUCCAAACUGUUAUUUAAUCCUUGCUUUACACCAAAGGUCUAGUUUUUUUUCUCUCCUACAUUGAUCAUCUUGUAGCUGGAAAACACCAGGAAGAAGAGGGGAAAACUUGGUACAUUGAAAAAAAAUCUUUUGUUAUUUGGCAUGUCCAAAUUGUUAUCAUUUAUUUUUGUUGUUCAACUUCUUACAGAGCAGAAAACAUAGCAAAAUAAGCUUACAUUUCUGGUUUCGUUAUUAGAUCUUUUUUCCUUCUUUUUUCAA